AUGAGAGGCACAACGGAGGAAGAAGACGGAGUCACGAACUUCUCCGAUGUUCUUCUGCUGUCUAAUGAUGUUCUUGGAUCUAGCAACGUUGGAGAAGACAGCUUUGGUGUCGGAUUCAUUGGAAACGAUACUACUCAAAUGCUCUGUUUCGGCGGAAGAAACCAAAACAACGCCGGAUUGAUCUUCUCAGGACCCUCUUCAAGCAAUAUGACUCGUACGGUCAAUGAUAAAUCAUCUAGAUCCAAUAAGAGAACCGGAUCGAGUGAUGAACACGACCGGGUUUGCGAUCCAAAACCCGGUAAGAGAUGCAAGCGAGAUCAGAAGAAGUCAUCCGUUAAGGUUAGCGAAAAAAUCACAGCGUUGCAGCAAUUGGUUUCUCCAUACGGCAAGACAGAUACAGCAUCAGUGUUGAAUGAAACAACGGGUUACAUAAAAUUCUUACAAGACCAAGUUCAAGUCCUAUCCUCUCCUUACCUCAAACAUCACACUCUUGAAGACGAAGACACCAAAGACGUGAACCCGACAAUGAGAGAGUUGAAAAACAAUGGUUUAUGUCUUGUACCACUAGCUUGGACUGUUCAUGUAGCGAAUACCAACGGUGCUGAUUUAUGGUCACCUGCUAUCUUGUCACCAACAGUGAACCAGUACACUGUGGAAGCCAAAUCAUAUCAAGAUAACCUUUAA